UGUAGGAAAUGUUCCUCCAUCAACAGGUGGUUUUGAAGGAAUCAAUAUAUCUGGAAAUCCUCAAUUAGAUGCUCAUACUCGUGUUGAUCCAAAUAAUUUUCCCGGUAUAGUCCAUUGGGGUCAAGAACAGGUUGUUGCACGUACACUACCUCAACACCCUCCAGUUGAUAAAUAA